GAAAGUUGGCGACCACGUGAGGCCCUCCGUAGACCGAGAAGUGCAGACGGAAUUGGAACCUCCUGCUUCAGCGAGAUCAUGUUUCUCCAGUAUUACCUCAAUGAACAGGGAGACCGGGUCUAUACCCUGAAGAAGUUUGAUCCUAUUGGACAACAGACCUGCUCGGCCCAUCCUGCUCGGUUCUCCCCAGACGACAAAUACUCUCGACACCGAGUCACCAUCAAGAAACGUUUCAAGGUGCUGAUGACCCAGCAGCCGCGCCCUGUCCUGUGAAGGUCCCUUAAAUUUCAUGUCUCUCCUGCCACCGGCGACCCCUCUGAGACUUUUCCGAAACCGAGCUUUUCAGUCUGUGAUCCUUGAGGCCUUCUUACCACCCUUGCUCUUUGGAAUCGGUGUCGUCAUUACCUUAGAUCAUGCUUGUGGGGAGCAAUCAUGGUAGCACCCCCCCUUUAAGAAAACAAGUUUGAGUCUGCUUUUCGUGUUUUGACUGCCACGUUAUUAAAAUGAUUUGAAAGAGCU